CGGAACCGGAAGUAGUGACUGAGGUCGGGGGGUGGAGUUGCUGCCUGGAGACGGCGGGAGCUCUUUCGCCAUGGCGGCCGGGCCGAUCUCCGAGCGGAACCAGGAUGCCACCGUGUACGUGGGGGGCCUGGACGAGAAGGUUAGCGAACCGCUGCUGUGGGAGCUGUUUCUCCAGGCCGGGCCGGUCGUUAACACCCACAUGCCCAAGGACAGGGUCACUGGUCAGCACCAAGGCUAUGGCUUCGUGGAAUUCUUGAGCGAGGAAGAUGCUGACUAUGCCAUUAAGAUCAUGAACAUGAUCAAACUCUAUGGGAAGCCAAUCCGGGUGAACAAAGCAUCAGCUCACAACAAAAACCUGGAUGUGGGGGCCAACAUUUUCAUUGGGAACCUGGACCCAGAGAUUGAUGAGAAGUUGCUUUAUGACACUUUCAGCGCCUUUGGGGUCAUUUUGCAAACGCCCAAGAUUAUGCGGGACCCUGACACAGGCAACUCCAAAGGUUAUGCCUUUAUUAAUUUUGCUUCGUUUGAUGCUUCGGACGCAGCAAUUGAAGCUAUGAAUGGGCAGUACCUCUGCAACCGCCCUAUCACUGUGUCCUAUGCCUUCAAGAAGGACUCCAAGGGUGAACGUCAUGGCUCAGCAGCCGAGCGACUUCUGGCAGCCCAGAACCCACUCUCCCAGGCUGAUCGCCCUCAUCAGCUGUUUGCAGAUGCACCACCUCCACCCUCUGCCCCCAAUCCUGUAGUAUCAUCAUUGGGAACUGGGCUUCCUCCACCAGGCAUGCCUCCUCCUGGCUCCUUCCCACCCCCAGUGCCGCCUCCUGGAGCCCUUCCACCUGGACCCCCAGCCCGAACCCCGGGGGCUGGACAUCCUGGACACGGACACUCACAUCCUCACCCAUUUCCACCGGGCGGGAUGCCCCAUCCAGGCAUGUCUCAGAUGCAGCUGGCCCACCAUGGCCCUCAUGGCUUAGGACACCCCCAUGCUGGGCCCCCAGGAUCUGGGGGGCAGCCCCCACCACGACCACCACCUGGCAUGCCUCAUCCCGGACCUCCUCCAAUGGGCAUGCCUCCCCGAGGGCCUCCGUUUGGAUCUCCUAUGGGUCACCCAGGUCCUAUGCCUCCCCAUGGUAUGCGUGGACCUCCUCCACUGAUGCCCCCUCAUGGAUACACUGGCCCUCCACGACCCCCACCCUAUGGCUACCAAAGGGGGCCCCUCCCUCCACCCAGACCCACUCCCCGGCCUCCAGUUCCCCCUCGUGGCCCACUUCGAGGCCCCCUCCCUCAGUAAUUUCUCAUGCUCUUUCCUCUUGUUUUAUUUCCCUAAUAUCUUGUCAGUUCCUUGGACCAAUCAGAGUUGCUGUAGUUUCCUGGGGUUAAGGCCUUGAUCCCUUUUUUUUUUUUAAGAUUUUUUUACUGAUUUUUAGAGGGAAGGGAGAGAAACAUUGAUGUGAGAGCAAAACAU